GAAAGAGCUGCCAGCCAGGGGCUGGGUUGGUGCCUGUGUCCUGUGUCAGCCGUGUCGGUACAGCCGCCCUAAGGCCAAGCUGGUGGAUGGACUGCUGUUGUACAUCUGCUUCCUGACUUUCCCAGCCUCCGCCUCAAGAACACUUAGGCUCUGCUCCGACUCAGCAGCCGGAGCAGCAACUCCCAGAUAAGUUCCAGCACAUUGGGCCUGUAGGCUGCUCCAUCACCAAUGAACCCCAUGAACCCCAUGAAACCUGCCCUGCCCCCUGCACCACACGGUGAUGGUUCAUUUGCAUAUGAGUCUGUGCCUUGGCAACAAAGUGCCACUCAGCCAGCUGGGUCACUGUCCGUGGUCACUACUGUGUGGGGAGUUGGCAACGCAACUCAGAGCCAGGUUUUGGGUAACCCCAUGGGCCCUGCAGGAAGCCCCCCUGGUGGCUCCAUGAUGCCUGGUGUGGCAGGUGGCAGCUCUGCCUUGACCUCCCCGCAGUGCCUGGGACAGCAGGCGUUUGCUGAAGGCGGUGCUAGCAAGGGCUACGUACAGCAAGGCGUGUAUGGCCGAGGGGGCUACCCUGGGGGAUCCAGUUUCACUACUGGGUAUGCAGGUGCCCCUGGAGGCCUGGGGCUCCCCACACAUGCAGCACGGCCCUCAACUGACUUCACACAAGCAGCAGCUGCAGCUGCCAUGGCUGCUGCUGCAGCCACGGCCACAGCCACAGCUACAGCCACUGUGGCUGCCCUGCAAGAGAAGCAGAGCCAGGAGCUAAGCCAAUAUGGAGCGAUGGGGACUGGGCAGUCUUUUAACAGCCAGUUUCUGCAGCAUGGAGGUCCUCGAGGACCCAGUGUACCUCCUGGCAUGAACCCUUCGGGCAUGGGAGGAAUGAUGGGCCCCUCUGGCCUAUCCUCCAUGGCCAUGAAUCCUACCCGGGCAGCAGGCAUGACACCCUUAUAUGCAGGACAGCGACUGCCUCAGCAUGGGUACCCUGGGCCUCCCCAGGGGCAGCCACUGCCUCGACAGGGCGUCAAGAGAGCUUACUCAGAGGUGUAUCCUGGACAGCAGUAUCUGCAAGGAGGCCAGUAUGCAGCCAGCACUGCCCAGUAUGCUCCUGGCCCUGGGCAGCCCCCUGGCCCUGCAUCCUCCUACGGAGGACACAGACUACCCCUGCAACAGGGUAUGGCCCAGUCCCUGUCUGCCCCUGGCCCUGCGGGACUGCAUUACAAGCCCACAGAGCAGUUCAACGGGCAGGGCGCCAGCUUCAACGGGGGCGGCAUCAGCUACAGCCAGCCUGGCUUGAGUGGGCCUUCCCGCUCCAUCCCUGGUUACCCCAGCUCCCCACUGCCGGGGAAUCCCACACCACCCAUGACGCCUAGCAGCAAUGUUCCCUACAUGUCCCCAAGCCAGGAAGUCAAGUCUCCUUUCCUGCCUGACCUCAAGCCAGGCCUCACCUCCUUGCACCCAUCACCCUCUGGAAGUGUCCCCUGUGAUGAGUUGCGCCUGACCUUCCCAGUUCGAGAUGGGGUGGUUCUGGAGCCCUUCCGCCUACAGCACAACCUGGCUGUGAGCAACCAUGUCUUCCAGCUCCGAGAUUCUGUCUAUAAGACCCUGAUGCUGAGGCCUGACCUGGAGCUGCAGUUCAAGUGCUACCACCAUGAGGACCGGCAGAUGAACACCAACUGGCCAGCAUCUGUGCAGGUCAGCGUCAAUGCCACACCUCUCAGCAUCGAGCGUGGAGACAACAAGACCUCGCACAAGCCCCUCUACCUGAAGCAUGUGUGCCAGCCAGGUCGCAACACCAUCCAGAUCACUGUCACCGCCUGCUGCUGUUCCCACCUCUUCGUGCUGCAGCUGGUGCACCGUCCGUCUGUCCGCUCUGUGCUGCAGGGCCUCCUCAAGAAGCGCCUCUUGCCAGCUGAGCACUGCAUCACCAAGAUAAAGCGGAACUUCAGUAGCGGCACCAUCCCCGGCACCCCUGGGCCCAAUGGAGAGGAUGGGGUGGAGCAGACGGCUAUCAAGGUGUCCCUGAAGUGCCCCAUCACCUUCCGCAGGAUUCAGCUCCCAGCCCGUGGUCACGACUGUCGCCACAUACAGUGCUUUGACCUGGAGUCAUACUUACAGCUCAACUGUGAGCGGGGGACCUGGAGGUGCCCGGUGUGCAACAAGACAGCAUUGCUGGAGGGCCUGGAGGUGGAUCAGUAUAUGCUAGGCAUCCUGAUUUAUAUUCAGAACUCAGACUACGAGGAGAUCACCAUUGACCCCACGUGCAGCUGGAAGCCAGUGCCUGUGAAGCCUGACCUGCACAUCAAGGAGGAGCCAGACGGGCCAGUGCUGAAGCGCUGCCGCACUGUGAGCCCUGCCCAUGUGCUCAUGCCCAGUGUGAUGGAGAUGAUUGCAGCCCUGGGCCCUGGCGCUGCCCCCUUUGCCCCACUGCAGCCCCCUUCGGCCCCUGCCCCCAGCGACUAUCCCAGCCAGGCUUCCAACUUCCUGGGGCCUGGAACCUUCCCGGAAUCCUUCCCAUCGGCCACACCCACCACCCCAAACCUUGCUGAGUUCACCCAGGGGCCACCCCCACUCUCCUACCAGUCUGACAUUCCCAGUAGCCUCCUGACUCCAGACAAGUCUGCUCCUUGCCUCCCAGGCCAGAUGGCACCAGCAGGCCACCUGGACCCAGCCCAUAAUCCUGGACCACCAGGACUGCACACUCCCAACCUCGGGCCCACCCCAAGCACCCAGCUACACCAUCCAAACCCUUCCCCUGCAUCCCGGCAGCCUCUGGGCCAACCAAACACAGGGCCCAUCAGUGAACUGGCCUUCAAUCCUGCCACGGGCAUGAUGGGGCCUCCCAGCAUGACUGGGGCAGGGGAGGCCUCAGAACCAGCUCUGGAUCUGCUCCCAGAACUGACCAAUCCUGAUGAGCUGCUCUCCUACCUGGGUCCACCUGACCUCCCCACGAACAGCAGUGAUGACCUGCUCUCGCUCUUUGAGAACAACUGAUCCUGUGUUAACCCCUGGUCUGCUGAAGACACACUCAAAGAUAACACCACAGCCUUCCCUUCUCACCCAGCCCCACAGGAUGCCUGCCGAUUCCCCCUGAAUCUCCCAAUGCACACACCCUGAGCUGGGGCCUGCCACUGCCAGCCCCUGAUAAACUGGAAGCAGCCCUGUGUUCCAAGGGGCCCCAGGCCAGUGGUCCUCACACCCGCCCUCCAUCAAGCUCCCUGCUGCAGAAUGGUUCUUGUGAGGCAGGCCCCGACAGCCCCAUGUGCACAACCCUCUGCCCCAGACUCAUGGCCUUGCACUUGUCCUUCACCCUGCCUGCUCCUACCCAGCCUGCAUUGUCCAGCAAUGAUCCUUCUGUUUCUGCUGCUCCUCAGAAGAGCUGGCUGGCGAGGCUGGCUCUGUACCCUUGGUCUGCAGCUCCAGUGGCCUGAGCCUGGCAGCCUCAGAACCAUACAGAGCACCAGCCUGUGGGGGCCUGGCGCUCCCACCCAGCUGAAUCUGGUUCAGGGGUUCCUCCCUCCACCCUGAGCUUGAGGCUGAGGCUGGGGUGGGAGCAAUAAAGCACAACAAUGUACAUAGUGUAGAAAUGCCAACAGCGGGGAGGGAGGGACAGCUACUUACGUCAGCACGCUCCUCUGUGGACUGGCCUGCGCCUUCCAUGUGGUGUCUGCCCUUACUGAGCACAGACAGCUCAGGGGGAGGUUCAACUCCUCUAGGGGUGGGCUUUCAGACUCAGCUCUAUGUAAAUUCUCCAGUGAGCUGCUCCCCCAAGUUUCUCUUUUCUGUGGAAGUGAAGAAUUAGUACAGCUGUGUUUUUUAAACCACCUCAUCUCCACCCUGCGGCCCACACCCAGGUGGGGGAAGCCAUUGCAUCUGCUGGCAAAGCGCCUGGGCCUGCAAGCAGGGUGCUGGCCUGUCGUGUCUCCUGUCUGUGCAAUCUAUUAAAGGACUCCCUCUUGGUGGGCCUGGCUGAGUCCUUCCUUUGUGCUGAGGGGCUGUGGCCUUCCUGUUCUUAGCACCCCAAAUAAAAAUCUAGAUGUUUUCA